ACGUGUUCUCUUCCAUCCAGCGGCUGCGGCGCCCGCCGUGACCCCGACCAACGGGCAGCGCAGCCCCCCAGCCGCGUACUGGUGUUGGAUGCGAGAGCCUGUGCUUAAGUAAGAAAUCAGGCCUCACUGGAGACAUUCAAGCAAAGGUUGGACAGCUACUUUUCGAGAACAGAAAGGAAACUCAUGCAUCAGAAAAGGUGACUAAUAAACAUACCAAAAGAAUAUGGCUGCACAAAUACCAGAAUCUGAUCAGAUAAAACAGUUUAAGGAAUUUCUUGGAACCUACAAUAAACUUACAGAAACCUGCUUUUUGGACUGUGUUAAAGACUUCACAACAAGAGAAGUAAAACCUGAAGAGACCACCUGUUCAGAACAUUGCUUGCAGAAAUAUUUAAAAAUGACACAAAGAAUAUCCAUGAGAUUUCAAGAAUAUCAUAUUCAGCAGAAUGAAGCCCUGGCAGCCAAAGCAGGACUUCUUGGCCAACCACGAUAGAGCAGUCCUGAUGGACGGACUUCUGAAGAAAGAUGGCCAACAGCUGCUGCACUGGAAAUGAGGAUUCAUCUGACAGAAUCCCCUAAAAGCAGUAGCCACAAUGUGAAACCAUCUAUCAUGACUGUUUGGCAAAUGGAAACCACUGGAGAAACAAAAUUGCUAUUUACCAGGAAUAAUCAAAAAUAGAAGGUCUUAUUGUUCAUUGAAAAUAAUAAGAUGCAACAUUUGUUGAUGCCUUAAGAUUUAGCAGCUUGGUCCCUUGAUUAGAAAAAUAAACCAUUGUUUCUUCAAUUGUGACUGUUAAUUUUAAAGCAAAAUAUGUGUUCAAUCAUGUAUGAGAUAGAAAAAAUUUUAUUACUAAAGUAAAAUAAUUGGAAUUAUCACUGAGCAGUUGUUUAUACUAUAUAGUACCAUAGUAUUCCCUCUGGACUGUGGAUACGUUGAAAUGUUUUUCAAUCAGGAUCAUCCUCCAAGUAUUCCUGUUCAUUCAUGUCUGCCUCAAAUUGCUGGUAAAUACAUAAAAUAGUUACUUGCUAAUCAUUUCAAUGCACGAUCCUUCUGCUUCCCUUCCUGUGUCAGGGUGGGCAUUACACAAUCUUAUCCUAGCUACGUUUUCACAUAUUUUCAGGAAACAUCCUAUCUGAGACUAGCUUGGGAAUGUUUAAGAGUUGACAGUUACACUCCAGUGGCACUGUGUUGUUUUGUGUUUUGUUCAAAAGCUGCAAGUCCAAUAUGAAUGAUUCAGAGUCAGAUCAACGAUAUACAGUGUAUUCUCAGCCAGGAAAUGUGAUCAGUGUAAUAAAAAGUGAACAAAAUUAAAGUAGCGUCUUAUGGCUAAAUGAAUCUUAAAUCCAUGCAUUUGAAGGAAAUUCUAGUUGAUGUAUAAGCUUGGUAAAUGUAAGUGGACUAAUACCUAUUAAUAAACUGGCUUAUGAAUGGA